ACGGACUCAUACACCAACAUUACACCUGCAAUCAUCUCCAAACUCUCUCGCCGACUGCACACCCAAGAAGGUCACCCAAUAGCCACCCUCCGCACGCUCAUUGAAAACCACUUCCCCGACUACACCCAUCUCUCCUCCCUCUCCCCCCUCGUCACACCCUACCAGAACUUCGACUCCCUCUCCUUCCCGGCCGACCACCCCGGCCGCUCCAAAACCGACUCGUACUACAUAAACAAGAACCUCAUGCUCCGCACGCACACCUCCGCACACGAAGUCGAGACGUUCGCCAAGGGCGUAGAACGCUGGUUGCUCACGGCCGACGUGUAUCGCCGCGACGAAAUCGACGCGUCUCAUUACCCCGUCUUUCACCAGAUGGAAGGCGCAAAGAUAUUCGGCACGGACCCGCACAGUAUUGCAGAAAUCGAAAAGGACAACGAGAGACUCGAACAUCACCUCCGACAGUCGAACAUCACGAUCGAAGACGUCCCACACGUCUCGCCUACAACGAACCCCGCCCAACCAGAACACGACCCUCGACACUCCGAGAUCGUCGCGAAGAACCUGAAGUUGUCGUUGAAUAGCCUGAUGUAUGAGGUCUUUGGGGCUGUGGCGGGCGCGACGAAGGAGGAGCCGUUGAGGGUGAGGUGGAUCGAGGCGUAUUUCCCGUUUACGAGCCCGAGCUUUGAGGUCGAGGUGUUCUUCAGGGGGAAGUGGUUGGAGAUAUUGGGCAGUGGCGUCGUGAUCCAGUCCACUCUGGACAGCGCGAAGGUCGCUAAUAAGAUGGGCUGGGCAUUCGGACUGGGUCUCGAGCGAAUCGCCAUGAUUCUUUACUCCAUCCCGGACAUUCGUCUCUUUUGGUCGGAGGACCCUCGGUUCCUCUCUCAAUUCACACCCGGCAAGAUAUCUACGUUCCAGUCUUACUCGAAGUACCCGCCUAGCUUCCGUGAUGUCAGUUUCUGGCUGCCAGAGCAAGGGCUGCACAAUAACGACGUCUUUGAUUUGGUGAGAGAUGUGGCGGGAGACUUGGUCGAGACGGUCGAGGUGAUCGACGAGUUCACCCACCCCAAAACGGGUCGCAAGAGCAUGGCUAUCCGCAUCCAAUAUCGCUCCAUGGACAGAUCACUGGUGGGUAUAGAGGUCAAUGAGUACCAGGAGCAAGUGAUGUCACGCCUGAAAGAGCAGUUGAGAGUUGAGAUUCGGUGACAUUAAUGCAUGUUAUCGUAAAAAGCCGUCGUCCCUCACGGCGCCCGUCACCACUCCUUCGUACCGUCCUCUAAGCGUCCGACCCACCCUAAUGCCCCUCUCUGACCCGUAUGUUCUCCUAAUGGAGGUGCCGGUGAUUGGCAGGCGAGAGUGGGCCACCCAUACCCUCCGUCGCAAAGCGCAAGCAAGGACCAACAGUAUUAUGAUGUAUCUUGAGCCACUCCGACCUGGGCCGCCCUCAGUACCCUGUCCUUGAUCGUAUACCCUGUUUUUUGGCAGUCGAUGACCGAACCGGGCUCCUUCCCAGGUAUAGGUGCUUGGUAGAGGGCCUCGUGCCGGUUAGGAUCGAACUUGUCACCAGUCGGAUCGAAAGGUUUGAUCUGGUAUUUGAACAGCGUUUGGAGGAGUAACCGGUGGGUCAUCUCGACGCCGGUGUAGAGCUCCUGGAGGUGGACCGCUGGUGACUUGUCUGUUGGUGGUGAUUGUGAGGGCUCAGAGGAGGAUGGGGAUUGGGAGGGUUCGGAGGGUUCGGAGGGUGGGGUGGUGAGGACGGAUUGGGGGACGGAUUUUAGUGCGAGAGCGAGGACGUCGACGGUCUCGAGGAGGUCGCCGGCGAAACGAGUGAUGGCGAAGUCCUUCGUUUGUUCCUUCUCGCGUGCGGCAUUACGCUGCAGGUUGAGGAAAUCUGCUUGGAGGUAUCGCAGACGGCCGGUGAGGUCGACGACCUCGUCCUCCUUCGUCUUGAGCUUAGCCUCGACCUCCGCACAAGGAUUCUCGGCGGCAGCGUCUGCAGGCUUUGCCUCCUCUUUCGACUCUGCCGUGCCCUCCUUGCUCGAUGACGCGUCAGAAUAACUGCGUGCGUUCAAGGCUGCCCUGCGAGGCAUACGACCGACCGACGAACGCGCGAGUGCGCGGGACGAGAGGGAAGAGGUGGCAGCGCGGAAAACCUGCAUGGCGCGGGCACGGUUUUUGUCGUAAGGUAAGAAAGGCGAAAGAAGGAAAAGUGAUGUGGUGAGGGUGAAGAGAACGAAAGAAAUAAUAAAAGAGGAUGAGCGAGACGUGUAAAGGCGGGUGAGGACGGGCGUCUGUUCGUCCAGUCUGACGAAGGCGAUUCGUCCACGGAGAACAACGGUGGCUUUCCCGAAAAGUUUUCCUCGCGCGUGGCGUGCUGUGGCGUGCGUAUGGAAUGUGGCGCCCCACGUUCGAGGUGCCACGCCGAUGAGUUUUUUCCGUUGCGUCGGCUCUAAAUCCGAGUCCGUCGCCAGCAGAACUUUUUGCGAUCCUUGCGGUGACUCGACGACGCGAAACACCAACGCGACCCGCCUCUUUAUUAUUUAUUGGAGCCGCGGGCAACUGAAAGGUCGAACGUACGACGCGAACUAAGGACGUUCGGAACGCCGUGCACGCGAGCCUUAACUUAUCUACCCGGCAGCCCGGCGCUGUGAUAUACUCUCGGUCCUCGUUAUGGGCCUCUUCAGGCUCUCUUUUCGCGCUCCCAUCCUUUCCCUUUCCUCCUCUUCACCCACCCCCAUCUUCUCCAGCCGUCUCUCUGCUAGGACGAUGGCCUCUGCUUCUUAUACGGGCUCUGCGAAGCUCAUCGACGGCACGGCUAUCGCAAAGUCUGUUCGCGAGGAUGUCGCUGCUCGUAUCAAGUCUAUCAAGAGCCAGUUCCCGCGUUUCCAGCCUCAGCUCGCCAUCAUCCAAGCAGGCGCACGCCCCGACUCGAGCGUCUAUGUCCGCAUGAAGCAGAAGGCCACUGAGGAGGUCGGUAUAACCUACAAGCACAUCAACCUCCCGGCGGAGGCCCAGGUCGACGAGAUCAUUAGCGUCGUCAAGAAGCUUAACGACGACGAGUCGGUCAGUGGGAUUCUCGUCCAGUUGCCUUUGGGCGAUCAUAUCGGCCCUGAGGGCGAACGUACGGUCACUGAGGCUGUCAGCCCAGAGAAAGACGUGGAUGGGUUCCACGCGUAUAACAUCGGCCAUCUUUCCUCUCGCGCUUCUGUGCCCCUAUUCACACCCUGCACCCCAGCCGGCGUCAUUCGUCUCCUGGAGUCUACCGGAGUUCCCAUCUCAGGUGCUCAUGCUGUCGUUCUCGGUCGCAGCGACAUCGUCGGCAGCCCUGUCGCGGCUAUGCUUAGGAACAAGGACGCCACGGUCACUCAGUGCCACAGCCGUACCAAGAACUUGUCGGAGAUCGUUAAAACCGCGGAUAUCGUGGUCUCGGCUAUUGGCAAGGCGGAAUUCGUCCAAGGGUCCUGGUUGAAGCCUGGCGCCGUGGUCAUCGACGUCGGCACAAACUAUAUCCCUGAUGCAACCAAGAAAUCCGGCCAACGCCUCGUCGGCGAUGUCGACUUCGCAUCCGCUUCCAACGUCGCCUCGCACAUAACACCCGUCCCAGGAGGCGUCGGCCCCAUGACCGUCGCCCAACUCAUGGAAAACACCCUCAAAUCCGCGGAACGUCUCUGGGACCUCUCCCGCUCGCGCAAGGUCAAACCCCUCGCUCUCAACAUCCUCGAGAACGUCCCCUCCGACAUCGAGAUCGCCAUGGCGCAGACGCCCAAGCCCGUCACCCAGCUCGCUCAGGAGAUGGGUCUCCUGCCCGAUGAGCUCGAGAGCUAUGGGAAGUAUAAGGCCAAGGUCGAGCUUAGUGUGCUUGAACGGUUGAAGCACAGGAAGGAUGGGAAGUAUGUCGUUGUUGCGGGGAUUACGCCGACGCCGCUUGGGGAGGGAAAGUCGACGACGACGAUUGGGCUGGCGCAGGCACUUGGGGCGCAUCUUGGGAGGCCGGCGUUUGCGUGUGUGAGGCAGCCGAGUCAGGGUCCUACGUUUGGGAUUAAGGGUGGUGCGGCUGGUGGUGGAUACAGUCAGGUUAUUCCUAUGGACGAGUUUAACUUGCACUUGACUGGAGAUAUCCAUGCUGUCACUGCCGCGAACAACUUGCUUGCUGCUGCUCUUGAUGCUCGCAUGUUACACGAGGCAACUCAAUCCAACAAGGCCUUGUACAGCCGUCUCGUGCCCACCAAGAAGGGCAAACGCGAGUUCGCUCCUCUCAUGUUCAAACGCCUCCAGAAGCUCGGAAUCACCAAGACCGACCCUAACUCCCUCACUCCGGAAGAAAUCACCCGUUUCGCCCGCCUCGACGUCGACCCGGCCACCAUCACCUGGAACCGCGUCCUCGACACGAACGACCGCCACCUGCGGAAAAUCACCAUCGGCCAGAACCCGACCGAACAGGGCCACGAGCGCGUCACCGGAUUCGACAUCGCCGUCGCGAGCGAGUGCAUGGCCGUGCUCGCGCUGACGACGAGUUUAUCGGAUAUGAGGGAGAAAUUGGGCGCGAUGGUCGUUGCGACGAGUAAGGGCGGAGACCCGGUCACGGCGGAUGAUAUCGGGGUCGGAGGUGCGCUGGCGGUGUUGAUGAAGGAUACGGUGAAGCCGAACUUGAUGCAGACGUUGGAGGGCACGCCGGUGUUCGUCCAUGCUGGGCCGUUCGCGAACAUCGCGCACGGGAAUUCGUCGAUCCUCGCGGAUCGGGUGGCGUUGAAGCUCGCGGGCACGGAGGAGGGCGACUCGGACGACCGUGUUGGGUAUGUGUUGACUGAGGGCGGAUUCGGCGCGGAUAUGGGCAUGGAGAAGUUCUGCAAUAUUAAGUGUAGGGUUUCGGGGCUCACGCCGGACGCGGUCGUGAUUGUGGCGACGACGAGGGCGUUGAAGAUGCAUGGGGGUGGACCGGAGGUGACGCCUGGGAAGCCGUUGGCGGAUACGUACACCAAGGAGGAUUUGGUCACGUUGAAAGAGGGGACGAAGAACCUGGUCAAGCAUAUUCAGAACUCGAAGAAGUUCGGGUUGAAGGUCGUCGUCGCCAUCAACCAGUUCUCGACCGACUCUGCCGCGGAGCUCGAGCUCAUCCGUGAGCAGGCCUUGUCUGGAGGUGCUGACGCCGCUGUGGUCAGCAACCACUGGGCCGAGGGUGGUGCCGGGGCCGUUGAGCUCGCCAAGGCUCUCGUUUCCACCUGCGAGGGCGAGUCAAGCUUCAAGUUCCUUUACGACCUCGACAUCUCCAUCGAGGACAAGAUCACCACUAUUGUGAAGGAGAUCUAUGGCGGCGAUGGGAUCGAGCUCAGUGACCUCGCCAAGCAGCAGAUCGACACUUACACCCGCCAGGGAUACGGGAACCUUCCCAUUUGCAUGGCGAAGACGCAGUAUUCGUUCUCGCAUGACCCGAAGCUCAAGAAUGUCCCCACGGGCUUCACGGUGCCCAUUCGUUCUGUGAGACUUUCCGCAGGAGCUGGAUUCCUGUACCCUCUCCUCGGAGACAUGCAGACCAUGCCAGGACUUGGAACACGCCCAGGCUUCUGGGAGGUCGGCCUCGACCCCGAGACUGGUCGUGUCGUUGGCUUGUUCUAAGCGCCUCCUUCCUACGCGUCGAAAGAGUUGAAAAACCCGAAAAUAGACCAUCAAACACUCGAAUACGCCGAGGUGUAUCUUCACCAGAUAGCUUCUGCCGCUGCUAGGGCUUGAAGGGAUUCCAAGAAGCACACCCGUCUCAACACGGACUGCUGUAUAACCGUUUCAACAACGGGUGACGGUCGCCGUAUUUAACAUACGAUGGCACGCCCGGGAGUGUUGUUGUUGUUGUGGCGUGCGUGUCGGUGGACGUGGACGUGGGCGGGAGUGUGGUAUUGUUGUUCUCCCGAUGGGGAUGGUUAUAUAUCGAGUCAACCUCGAAUGUGUUGCAUCUUUAUGUGUCGUGUGCAUCCAAUUCUUGGUUAUGAUGAUGCUGCAGCAGAAAUAAAAGUCUCAUUGCUAUUCUCUUUUCCAAGAUCCUACACCAGCAGCCUCGUGCAUCGUGUCUACUAAUCAUGCGCCUCCGUUCUGAGCUAAAUGUCCCGGACGACGCACCACCCCAGUAUUCCCAACAUCGUUCGUCAACUGCUGAACAUUAGAUCCCAGCGGCGCGAGGCUACCACCCUGGUGAUCAGAGACGAUCACGUUCGACGACGCACUGACUUCGCGGUCAUAAGUGUUGCCCGCGGUAUCGGUAUAUGUGAGCGUAUUCUCGCUCGUGCCGUUGGCACCGCUGUUACCUGUCGAAGCGGUGUGGAAGAAUCCGCCCGCGAGCUGGUUCUCUGUGAUGGUCGAGCCGAGGAUGAAAGGUGCGGGGAGGAUCGUGCGGUCGUAGGAGUGGUUGAAUGUGGCCGUGUACUUGCUCCCGUCAGGGGUCAGUUCGGUGAAGUUGAUGAAGAGCGGGAAUGAGAAGGAGUCCUGCAUCACUUGUACGCCGUUAUGGGUGGACGAGACUUGACCCGACGAUGUUUGCGUUACGAGCUGAAUAGUCGCAUUAUCGAUAUACUGCUGCAGAUUCGAAUACUGCAACUCCUGGCUGAACACCACGUCCGUCACCGUCCCAUUCCCACUCACAAUCGUCGACUCGAUCCGCACGCUCCUCGUCGCCGUAACCGUCACGUUCAAAUUCUCCCCCACGAAACUCCCCGUCGUCGUCGAAUCCGCGAAGUCCUCCACUUCGUGGACCGUUAUGUUUCCCGUCGUCGGGGCGGACGAAGAAUCGAGUUGGACUUGUAAGAGGCCGGAGACGAACCAGUUUUGGUUGAUGGUGUGGUCGGAUUCGGCGGAGGCGACGUCGAGGGUUAUGUUGUGGGGUGAACCGUCGGUGAGGAUGGGAAUGAAGGGAGUGAGGUCGAGGAAGUAGGUCGGUAGGUCGAUGGCACCGUAGGAGGUGAUAGGUCUCCACGCUGUUGGGACAAUACCUCCCGUGAAGAUGACGGCGUAUGGAAAGACAGCCCCUGCUACCAUACCAUCCACAAGAAGACGGACUUCACGGAAUGGACCUUGGCCUAUGGUCGUUCCCGGAGGAAGGUCGUCGGCAAACUCGUUCGCUAUGUUGAAGUACCAGAAUUCUUCAUUGCCGUUCCCUGAUGCGAAGAGCUCAGCAUAGGCUGUGACCGCAUUUUGUGGCAAUGUUACAUUGAGAGAAAACCCAGGAGGCACUGAGGCAUCGUCGCCUGUAGUGUUCAAUAAUGUGGAUAGGGGGACGAUCAGGUCUGCACGAGGAGCAGGCGGAUUCUCUGUAGACGAAGCGAAGAAAGUCGCCUCGACGGUAGCUGCGUAUUGUCCGUCCAAGCCGGUCUCGAGCAGAUUAUCGAGCUGGAAAAUGAAAGUCCCACUGUUCUCAAAGAGAGGGAGGAAGCGCGUCACAUCCUUGCGAUACGUCCAGAUGAUUCCAUCCCCAGAGGUAGGCUCCGGAGUCGACGUGCGCCAGAUCUCGACGUUCUGGAAUGUAAAUAUACCCAAUCGGUCGAAUUGAGUUCCGUUGGAGGUAACCGUGAGAUUGAGGGAGAUCCCUGCCCAAGAGCCAACUGGGCCACAAUCCGUGGGCGGUGUGAGCUGAACUAUCUCUGGAUCUCCAAACGAGUUUCCAAAGGUGCGUUGCAAGAUUGGUACCGUGCACGUCUGAGCAUCCUGAGGCAAAGGCGGGGGUUGAGCGACCUGAAAAUCCACGAGCGCAGCUCCCUUGACUGUUGUCACCACGAAAAGCGACGCUACAACAACCGUCACUAGCCAAAGCCUGCAAAGCUCUGGAAAUCCCAUGACGAAUUGGUCUCAAGAACCGACAGAGAAGAGUCAAGGAAACUCAACGACGACCUCGCAGUGGGGAAGAGGAC